UAUUUUUUCCAGUGUAACUGAAAAGUUAAGUUUCAUUUUCCUGUUCUGGAACAACAUCUGCUAUCUAGUCGGCGACAGAGAUUAAAAUUACAAAAUGGAAGAAGGAAGAACUAGCCUGAAGAAAAGAAAGAGAGUCACGGAUGAGAAAGAUGACAAGAACCUCUGGCGUGUAAAAUGUGGAGACAAAAAGGGUUGGAUGGAUGUAGAGAAGUUGAGAAAAGGUAAGGAUUGUAUUGAGUUUGAAGGCUCCUUUUACAGUCCACCUGAGUUUGAGAAGCUUGCAGGAAAAGAUUCAUGUAGAAAAUGGAAGUCAUCUAUUUACCACAAGAAAGCUCCUCUGCACUUUUGGUUCAAGAGAGGUGAUCUAACCACUACAGGAUAUAGACAAAAAAAAAGAAAACGACAAUCAUCAGACCUUGAGUCCCAGGACCUCUUAACAGAGCUGCUGCAUUUUGGGUCCCAUCUUCAACUCCACACGUCCGCCACCCCGGACACGACAGAAAAUGAGGAUGGAGAAGAGGAUGAUGAGGAUAUGGAUGAAGAUGAUGUAUGGGCAGAUAAAUGGGAAGAUAAAGAAGCUACACAGAUUUCUAUCUCUUCUUCUGAAGAAGAGAGUGAGGAAGAUCAUGUUAAAGAUAUAGAUGACGAUGGAGAAGAGGAAGAUGAGGAUAUAGAUGCAGUUGAUGUCGGUAACGAUGAGCCAAGCACUGAGGAAGAUGAGGAUGAAGAAAGUGAUAAUGAUGAGGAUGAGACUGUGCCUGCUGUUGCCUCUAACCAUACUGGCAGCAGUGGUAUCAUAGCGAGUGUAACACCUAUGAUGAAAGAAGUAAAGGGUAUUGUUAACAUCCCUCCUGAGAAGAGUACACAUCAUCCUGACAUGCCAAGAUCUGAAGUCAUUGGAAAUAACAGAGAUGUGGCACAAAACACAGCAAUCAAACAGCUGAAUGUUAAGAAACAACCUGAAGAGAAACUGAAGAAGACAACAACAAGCACAAUUUCAAUACCUGGGAAACUUGCCCUGAAGAUUAAAGAAGCUUAUGGUAUCGUUAAUAGCCUUCCUGAGAAGACUAGACAUCAUCCUGACACGACAAGAUCUGAAGUCAGUGGAAAUACCAGAGAUGUGGCAACAAACACAGCAAUCAAACAGCUGAAUGUUAAGAAAGAACCCCAAGAGGAACUGAAACACAAGGAAGAUCGUGUUAAAGAUCAAGAUGAAGAUGAAGAACAAGAAGAUGAGCACAUGGAUGAAGAUGUUGUUGGUGAUGAUGAGCCUAGCACUGAGGAAGAUGAGGAUGAAGAAAGUGAUAAUGAUGAGGAUGAGACUGUGCCUGCUGUUGCCUCUAACCAUACUGGCAGCAGUGGUAUCAUAGCAGACUGA